AUGGAAAGCAAGGGUGAGGUGAAAUUCUGGAGGGUUGUGCAGCCUGCGAGGACGGCGGAGUCCAAAACUCGACGGCGAUCAGUUUCACAAAAACCAAAGAGGCGGGAGGCUCCUGAGGAGCAUGGGGCCCGGUGGGCUAUCCCGGAGAUCAAUCUGACGGUCGGCGUAGCGCCCGUGGUGCUUGGGGCGCUUCAGCCAAUUCCUAAGGUUUUUUUAGUUGAGGAAAUGCCCUCAAUACUCAUGUAUCCUGUAUUCUAA